UACAGUGAGCUGUGGCAGCCGUCUGCCCCGUCCACCGUCACCACGCUGAGUGUACUGGUACUGGGCCUGGGCCUGGGCGCGCUCAUCGUCGCGACGGCAGUUGGCAACGCCUUCGUGUGCCUCUCCGUCUGCCUCGUGCGCCGCCUACGGCACCCGUCCAACCACCUCCUCGUCUCGCUGGCAGCCUCUGACCUGUGCGUGGCUCUGCUGGUCAUGCCGCCCGCACUGCAUCUCGAGAUCACCGGUCGCCGCUGGGACCUGGGCCCGGCGGCCUGCGACGCGUGGGUGUCCGUGGAUGUGGCGUCCUGCACGGCGUCGAUCCUCAACCUGUGCAUGAUCUCCAUCGACCGGUACCUGGCGAUCACGCGACCCCUUACCUAUGGCGUUCGGCGCACGGCCCGCAGAGCCUGGGCCUGCAUCGGAGCCGUCUGGCUGCUGGCGGGUCUCAUCAGUGUACCGCCAUUACUAGUUCUGGGAAAUGAGCACGGAACGGUCGAGAACCCUAAAUGCCUCGUGUGUCAGAACCUCGCAUACCAGCUGUACGCCACUCUAGGAGCGUUUUAUAUCCCGCUGGUCGUUAUGCUGUCAAUGUACUGGAGGAUCCACACGGCCGCAAAGAAGGUCGUCGAGGCCGAACACAGAGCUCGCCCGGGACCACGAACGAGGAGCCUUAGAGUCGCUGUGAGAGAGCGCAAGGCUUCCAUUACGUUGGGAAUCAUCCUGACGGCCUUCACGGCGUGUUGGUUGCCUUUCUUUGCAUUCGCCCUCGUGAGACCGCUGGGAGGAGAGCCGCUGCCGGAACUGGCUCACAGCUUCGCCCUUUGGCUGGGAUACGCCAACUCGGCGCUGAACCCCGUAAUCUACGUCACCUUCCACCACGACUUUCGGCGCGCCUUCCGCGACUUGCUCUGCCUGCGCUGUGGCAGGCGUGGCACCGGAAAGCGAAAGGUGCUGGGCAGAAGCGCGAACGAAGUGACGGGAGCUCUGCUGUGCGUCGGGAACAACAACCACGCGUCGUGGGCCUGACGCUGGUGGGAGUCGCCUGGAACGCUCGGUGUCUCCAGCGUCGACGCGCGUCACAGUCGAACAUGGGCAGAGGAAAAGAAUUAAGAGCCAGAAACAUUCGCGAAAGACGGACGUCGCUUGUGAUUCCUUGUGUCAUGACGCGAG